UGCUAAAGCUGCACAGAGGAAGUUACGCAGCCGGGAUCAGGCACGGAGAUAAAAGCUCCGAUUGUGAUUGAAAGUGAGAGCGAGAGGGAUUUCAGCCUCGGCAUUAACUUGCGAAGGGAGCCGGGGAUUGCACAAAGCUCCCCCGGCCAUCUGCCCUUGGGGGCCGGCGGCGCAGCGGCAGCCCGCCGGGCUGGGGGGGGUCCGUGGGGUGCAAAGGGGGGGUCCCCCCAGCCCCGAAGUUCCCAGCUCCGCCGGGAGCCCCGCGCCGCAGAGCUCCCUCCGGUGCAGCCAGAUAAUGAACUCUCCCUUUGCCCUGACCAUGAGAGACAGGACAGACCUCACGUAGCAGCAUGGCUUGCAGCUGAAGGCUUUGGGGAACUCGAUGCUCACCUGCCAAAAGGCAGAGUCAAACAGAAAUCCCUGCCUGCAAGUGCCUCCCCACCACUGCGAGAGGCAUAAGGAGAAGCAGCACGGCCAGCACUGCUCUUAUGAACGCACUGAGCACCCAGACCACUCGGACAUCACCACCCAACGUGUUCAUGUUGACACAGACACCCCUGGGAGAAGGGGAUUUUAGCUCCAAAGGGUCUCUCUUGUCACAGUUGUACUGAUGACCAAAUGCUAUAUCUAUGUAUUAAUCUUCAAACCCCCCCAGUAAUACUUUAAGGCAGAUCACAGUUUAAGGCACUUUCCACAGCGACGCAUUUGUGGCAGACAAGAAGGUUGAGGAAAACCUGAUCCAGCACCAUCCCACAGCCUCUGCAAUUCAAUCCUAUCAAAUUUCAUCAGCAACUCAGAACUUGAUCUUUCUAUUGAUUGACUGGAGUCACCUCUAGAUAUUUUCAUGCUGAUUUGGAAGCCCUUUCAUACAAUAAAAGGAGGGAAAAAUGAGGCUAAGGAAGACUUCUGACCACUGAUCAGCAACUCCAGCCAAAACUUUCCCAAUCAAGUGAAUUGCAGAGUUGGCUUCUGUGCCAAGGGAAAACUUUCCACAUCCAAAUACAGCGUGCUGAGUGGGAUCAUUCCCUUUAUCAUCUGGAUCUCCCUUUGACUGGAUCAUAUUUAGAUGAGCGGUUUCCAUGCUGAUCCCGAGAGCAACCCCUAGCUCAGUCGCUGCCUUCCUUGGGGCUCUCGGCACUGCCCUCAGCCAAGGAUCCCACACUUGGCCACAGCUGCCAUGCUCUACCUGGUUGCUCUCCUCUCACACUGUCUCCCCUUGGCCAUGGGACAGUAUGACAUUUGCAAGUCCUGGGUGACCACGGACGAUGGACCAUCAUGGGAGUUUUAUGCUUGCCAACCCAAGGCCAUGCGGAUGAAGGAUUAUGUGACCGUACGGGUGGAUCCAGCAGGAAUCACUUGCGGGGACCCACCUGAGAGGUUCUGCACCCAUGAGAACCCAUACCUGUGCAGUGAUGAGUGCGAUGCCUCCAACCCGGACCUGGCCCACCCACCAAAACUCAUGUUUGACAGCGAGGAUGAUGGGCUGGCCACGUACUGGCAGAGCGUGACGUGGCGCCGGUACCCGGAGCCGCUGCUGGCCAACAUCACCUUGUCCUGGAACAAGAGCAUCGAGCUGACAGAUGACAUCGUGAUCACCUUCGAGUAUGGCCGCCCCACCAUCAUGAUACUGGAGAAGUCACUGGACAAUGGCAGGACUUGGCACCCGUACCAAUAUUACGCAGAUGACUGCAUGGAGGCCUUCAGCAUGCCAGCACGGAGGGUCCGGGACCUCUCCACCACCAGUGCCAACAGGGUCCUCUGCACAGAGGAGUAUUCCCGCUGGGCGGGCUCCAAGAAGGAGAAGACCGUGCGGUUCGAGGUGCGGGACCGCUUUGCCAUCUUCGCUGGCCCCGACCUCAAGAACAUGGACAACUUGUACACCCGGCUGGAGAGCGCCAAAGGGCUCAAAGACUUCUUUACCGUGACCGACCUGCGGAUGAGGUUGCUGAGACCGGCCCUGGGAGGCACCUACGUGCAAAGGGAGAACUUGUACAAGUACUUCUAUGCCGUCUCCAACAUUGAAGUCACCGGCAGGUGUAAAUGCAACCUCCACGCUAACCUGUGCACCUUCAAAGAGGGCAGCCUUCAGUGCGAGUGCGAGCACAACACCACGGGGCAGGACUGUGGCAAGUGCAAGAAGAACUUUCGCUCCAGGUCCUGGAGAGCAGGAUCCUACCUGCCUCUCCCCAACGGGUCCCCCAAUGCAUGUGCAGCUGCAGGCUCAGCCUUUGGCACUGUUCAGCUCCCACCAAACACAGCAGCACGUGGACCAAAGCCACCAGACCCUCCCAAGAACAUGCGAGCAGCUCCGAAGAGCAAAGCAGGGCGCACAGCACAGCCUGCAGGCAAGAGGCACGGCAAGAAGACAGCAUCCUCAAAGAGCUCAAAACUCAUCCGGCUCAAACCAGACUCUGGCCCAGUGGCUCCUAUUGAAACGUAUAAAGACUGUGAGUGCUAUGGGCACUCCAACCGCUGCAGCUACAUCGACUUCCUGAACGUGGUGACCUGCGUGAGCUGCAAGCACAACACGAGGGGCCAGCACUGCCAGCACUGCCGCCUCGGCUUCUACCGCAACAGCUCAGCGGAGCUGGAUGACGAGAAUGUAUGCAUAGAAUGUAACUGCAACCAGAUCGGCUCCAUGCACGACCGCUGCAAUGAGACCGGCUACUGUGAAUGCAAGGAAGGUGCCACGGGGCCCAAGUGUGACGACUGCCUGCCCAACUACUACUGGAGGCAGGGCUGCUUCCCCAACGUCUGCGACGAUGAGCUCCUGCUCUGCCAGAAUGGUGGCACGUGCUACCAGAACCAGCGCUGCAUCUGCCCUGUGGGCUUCAAGGGGGUCCUGUGCCAGCAAUCCAGGUGUGAAGCCGACAAAAAGGACUGUGAUGGUGCCUCCAGCACGCGCAGCAGCCUCGGCGCUGUCCUCCUUGGGGUGCUCGCCCUCCAGCUGCAUGGAUGGGGGGACCUCUGAACCUGCAGAGGAAGGAGCUCAGCCCAGGCACAUCACCCGAGGGGCUGGGGGAGACCAAGACACCGGGUGGCUCUCCCCACCGUCUCCUCCGCCUUCCUUCACGCUAGGACUUGCACAACGUCUUUCAGGCCACUUCCCGAGCAGAGGGGGGCACAGAACACAAGGGGCUGGCUCCUGCCCAUGAACCCA